AUGGAUGACAGCUUAGAAAAUUGUAAUUCUGUCUUUGUGGCAGAGGGUGAAGUUGGGGCAGUUUGGGAAUCAAACUUGGACUGUUCAGUGAGAAAAGGAAGCAGUUUCAACAUCUCAAAGAAAUCAUUUCAUGCAACAGAAGUGUUUAGCGUGUUGAAUCCAUUUAAAAGAGUUUUUGUUCAUUUAUUUGAUUGCAGAUUUAAGAAGGGUAUGUGGAAGAGGACCAUGCCAAAAGGCCUAAAAAUGAAAAAGCUUAUUGAAAGACCUGAUGGAACACUUGUUCAUGAUACUUCUUAUGUUGGAGAGGAUGCAUGGGAGGAUGAUCAAGAGGAGCGUGUAAAACAAAUUAUAGAGGAUGAUGAAAGGUUAAACAAAGAAGAGAAGAAAGAACUAACAAAAGGCUUGGGCAUUUCAGGUGAGGUUCCAUUUGAGGGUACAUGGCGUGAAAGACUUCAUAAAUGGAGAGACAUCCUUAGAAAAGAACGUUUUGCCGAACAAUUAGAUUCCUUAAAUGCCAAAUAUGUAGUUGAAUUUGACAUGAAAGAGGUUGAACAGAGUCUUCGGAAGGAUGUAGCAGAGAAGGUGACACCCACUCAGGAUACUAGGGCUCUAUGGAUAGCUAAGAGGUGGUGGCGCUAUCGGCCUAAACUUCCUUAUACUUAUUUCCUCAACAAGCUUGAUAAUUCUGAGGUAGCAGCUGUUGUCUUUACUGAAGAUUUGAAAAAAUUGUAUGUGACAAUGAAAGAAGGUUUUCCAUUGGAAUUUGUCGUUGAUAUCCCUCUCGAUCCUCAUCUGUUUGAGAUUAUUACGAGUUCUGGAGCUGAAGUAGAUCUCCUUCAGAAGCGACAGAUCCAUUAUUUCAUGAAGGUUGUGAUUGCUUUAGUACCUGGAAUACUGAUUCUCUGGCUUAUAAGGGAGUCUGUGAUGCUUCUACACAUCACUUCCAAGAGGUUUCUUUACAAGAAGUAUAAUCAACUCAUUGAUAUGGCCCGAGCAGAAAAUUUCAUUAUGCCAAUUGGAGACGUUGGUGAAACAAAGUCAAUGUACAAGGAAGUUGUGUUGGGGGGUGACGUUUGGGAUCUUCUUGAUGAGUUAAUGAUCUAUAUGGGAAAUCCUAUGCAGUUCUAUGAAAGGGGUGUGCAGUUUGUUCGGGGUGUUCUACUUUCUGGACCUCCAGGAACUGGAAAAACAUUGUUUGCCAGGACACUUGCAAAAGAAAGUGGAUUACCUUUUGUAUUUGCUUCGGGUGCUGAGUUCACUGAUAGUGAAAGAAGUGGUGCAUCUAGGAUAAACGAGAUGUUUUCCAUUGCUAGGAGAAAUGUAAGCAAUGAAACCCUAGCUACUUCUAAUAUCAAAUACAAGUUAAAAUGGCAAUCAUGGUCCGAUUUAAAGUUCUGUUGCUUGCACUUAGUUAGAUAUGCUCAUUCAAGGCGAUUGAUCCAUUUU